GGACGCGUCUUCCGGCUCAAGGGCCACCUCCACUGGUGAAAUCAGCAGACUGCCCGCCGGGAGUUCCCGGAAGCUGGCCAAGUGGCCCCUGUUGCCUGCUUCCGGUGCUGUAGGGAGACAUGGCGGUGGUCACCUUGAUCCCGACGCUGGCGCGGGUGCUGUCAAAGCAGAGCCUGCUGUCUCCUUUGUUCAGUGUGACAUCAUUCAGACGAUUCUACAGAGGUGACAGCCCAACAGAUUCUCAAAAAGACAUGAUUGAAAUCCCUUUGCCUCCAUGGCAGGAAAGAACUGAUGAAUCCAUAGAAACCAAAAGAGCCCGUCUGCUCUAUGAGAGCAGAAAGAGGGGGAUGCUGGAGAACUGCAUUCUUCUUAGCCUCUUUGCUAAAGAAUAUCUGCACAACAUGACAGAGAAACAACUGAACCUCUAUGAUCGCCUGAUUAACGAGCCUAGCAAUGACUGGGAUAUUUACUACUGGGCCACAGAAGCAAAACCAGCUCCAGAAAUAUUUGAAAAUGAAGUCAUGGAACUGCUGAGAGAGUUCACCAAAAACAAAAACAAAGAGCAGAGACUGCGGGCCCCAGAUCUGGAAUAUCUCUUUGAAAAGCCUCGUUAAGCUGUGUGCUACUGGUUGUCAUGGUGGUCAGUAUAUGGACAGAAACUGCUGCUGGUGUAGACUCUGACUUCCUGAUCUUUCUUAGGCACUUGAACCUCUACCAGGACAGACAUGUAAUAUGCAAGAUGGCUCACUCAUUCUAACCUGCACUUGUCUGUACAGCUCGGGUCAGACUCCUUAUCCUGCUGCUAUGUGCUGUAGUGCAGGCCUGCCACAAGAGGGCACUGUAGGGGAAGCAAUUCAGCUGCCUUAGCCCCAAGAGUACAAAAAAUGCAGCUGCUAUCUGAAGAGCUGCCCAUCCUACACCCAGUGCCCUAGCCUUUGUUAAGGUAAAACUACCCUCUUCCAAUCUGGUAUAGUUCUUUCUGCCAGAGAGAGCCAGUCUAAGCCCCUGAACUGAGCCCACCCCAGGCACAGCGAGCUGAAGGAGGCCGCCAAGCAGGAAUGGUGUGGGUACGCUGCUGAAGUCAACAUCCUCUCAGAUUUUCUUUCCAAUAUGCACUUUGUAAGCUGAAAGAUAAUUGAAUAUUGAACGCUAUCAAAAGAAGGAGGUUGGCAGUUCUCUAACCCUUACAAUUACCUUCAUUUUGUCUCUUCCUAUACAACCCAUAACCAUGCUAAUAAUGAGGUUUUACAAACUUAUAGUCAGGUUUUCUGACCUUGUGGCAGUCACUGUGGCAAACUUUCCCCCUCAUUCCUACAGCCUUUAAAGUUAUUUUAGUUGACCAAAUAAUAAUGCCCCAUAAGAAAUAACAUGUUAAUUUAACUAGGUGUCAUAGGUCAUAUCUGUAAUCCCAGCUCUUGCAGUCCUGAGGUAGGAGUAACAUUAAGAGUUUGAAGCCAGCCUGAGCUAUAAAGUAAGUUUGGGGCCAGCCUGGGCUAUAAAGUGAGUUUGGGGCUAGCCUGGGCUAUAAAGUGAAUUUGGGGCCAGUAUGGGGUAUAAAGUGAGUUUGAAGCCAGCCUGGGCUAUAAAGUGAAUUUGGGGCCAGUCUGGGGUAUAAAGUGAGUUUGGGGCCAGCCUGGGCUAUAUAGUGAGUUUGAGGCCAGCCUGAAGCACACUUGUUAGAAUGAAGUAGCUAGGAGGGCUGUGCGUUGAUGAAGGUGUUCUCUUUGCCCUGCAGCUGAGGAGAGGCAGUCCCUGGCUGGUGUGUGAAAGUGGUAGCUAAAGAAAAGCGGGCCAGGACUGAUAAACACAGGGUUGGUAACUCAAGAGCUGUAGACAAAGGGAAAAAAAGAGUUCCCUGGCCAAGGGAGGAAGUGGAGAAAGCAGCCUUCAGUUAUUUCAUAGCAUUCCCACAGACAGGUGGCGAUAGGCCUGUUUUAUAAACAAGAGAGUCAGUCAUACAUCCAUGAUCAAAAAGCCAAAAUGUGGGGCUGGAGAGGUUGCUCAGUGGUUAAGAGCACUGGCUGCUCCCCAAGGGGACCCAGGCUUAGUUCUCAGCACCUACAUGAUGGCUCACAGCUGUCUAACUCCAGUUCCAAAGAAUGUCGAUGCCCUCUUCUGUUCUCUGGGCACUCAUACGCUUUCUGUACAGACAUACAUGCAGGCAAAACAUAUAGAAUAAAGUAAAUAUGGUUGGAGAUAUGGCUCAACAAUUAAGAGCACUGGCUGAUUUUCCAGAGGACCCAGGUUCAAUUCUCAGCAGCUCAUAAACUAUAGCUCCAGUCCCAGGGGAUCUGACAUCCUACACAGACAUGCAUGCAGGCAAAACAUCAAUGCACAUAAAAAUAAAUCAUGAAAAAAAGAAAAAAGCUGGAAUUUAUUUUAUUUUUUUUUCUGCUAGACAGCAGGGCUUCACUGCUAACGUUGAGUAACAACCUUCAUUUCUGGACAUUGCACUAGAAAAGAGAAGGCCAGUAAAUAAACGGCAGUUCUGAGACACAA